UUUGAAUUGUAUUAAGGGUGACGUCAAUCACCAGUGAUUUGAUUUGAAUGAUUUUAUUUAUUAAUUAGGUAGACGCACAGUUCACACUCUCUUUGCAAACGGUUAAGUGUAAAACUACGAAAGUAUUAUCUUUUUAACCGUAACUUUAAGUUCUUAAAUAUGGAGUCUGCGCCGGAAAAUAAAAUCCCCGAACCUGAGAGUUUUUCGCUUAGUAAUAUCUUUUUUGAACUCAUAUACAGUCCCGUGAACUUACUUCUUACUGUGAUUAUUAUAGUGUUAGUGUAUAAAAUAUAUAAAAGCAAGUCUACCAAAGUUGUUAAGGAGGUGCUGGAAUUACCAAAACUCCGUAAAGAUAUGACUGUUGCUGAGCUACGGCAAUACGAUGGUUCACAGCCCGAUGGCCGAGUGCUUGUAGCGGUAAACGGCUGGAUUUUCGACGUCACCAGAGGACGUCGUUUCUAUGGUCCCGGUGGUCCAUAUGCAGCAUUUGGUGGUAAAGAUGCAUCAAGAGGACUUGCAACAUUCUCUGUUACAUCAUCGGACAAGGAGUAUGAUGAUUUAAGUGAUCUCAAUUCAUUGGAAAUGGACUCUGUAAAGGAAUGGGAGGCGCAGUUCAGAGAAAAAUAUGAACUGGUUGGCAAGCUUCUGAAGCCCGGGGAAGAACCAACGAGUUACUCCGACGAAGAAGUAGAGGGGCCGAAAGUUUGGGCUAUAAAGUGUCCGGAAAAGCCGUGUAGAAUGUCUAUUCUACACGGCUGUCUAGUCGAUAGUCUUACCAUAGAUUCCUUGGUCGAAAAUAUGACAAUCUGA